AACCAACAGUACUGCUCAUUCACACCUCCAUCAUUUGCCAAAGCAAAUCUUUUGUGUUUUCUUGUUCUUUGGACGUUUGUUCUUCGAUUUCCUUUUCGCCUUUUCUGUUACAAUAGCAUCUGGUACUCCCAGCUCGAGCUUUGUGUAACUUGCAUUAAGCUUCCCGCGAAGGGAGCUCGCUUUUCCUCCAUCACAAUCAUUUCAUCUCCUAACUCGAUUACGAAUCGCCUAUCAUGGAGCGAAUAAAUCGCAUGCUUCAAACUGCCCAUGGCAUGGGAAUGGGCAGCGCAGCCCCAGGCGCUGACAGCCCCAACUUGAUCGAUAACUCGGAAACCGUUCAUAUCUCGUCGUUGGCGUUGUUGAAGAUGUUACGACAUGGCCGAGCUGGUGUUCCUAUGGAAGUCAUGGGUUUGAUGCUUGGAGACUUCGUGGAUGAAUAUACCGUGAGGGUUGUGGAUGUUUUUGCUAUGCCUCAGAGUGGAACUGGUGUCAGUGUCGAAGCUGUGGACCCUGUUUUUCAAACGAAAAUGAUGGACUUUUUGAAGCAGACUGGCCGACCCGAAUCAGUCGUGGGAUGGUACCACUCGCAUCCCGGUUUUGGCUGCUGGCUCUCAUCCGUAGAUAUUAACACGCAGCAGUCCUUUGAACAGCUCACACCUCGUGCCGUAGCCGUCGUGGUCGACCCCAUCCAGUCCGUCAAGGGCAAGGUCGUUAUCGAUGCGUUCCGACUCAUCGCGCCACAGACGGUUGUCAUGGGCCAAGAGCCUCGCCAGACCACAUCCAACUUGGGUCACCUCAACAAACCAUCCAUUCAGGCCCUUAUUCACGGCUUAAACCGCCAUUAUUACAGCCUUGCGAUCAACUACCGCAAGACCGGCCUAGAAGAGAACAUGCUGAUGAACCUACACAAACACGUCUGGACCGAAGCACUGCAGAUGAACGACUUCCAUGAAGACGCCAAGCGAAAUGUGGAAAGCAUGCAGCGCCUGGUCGAGUUGGCCGAGGGUUACGAAAAGCGAGUCAAGGAAGAAUCCACAUUGACUAAGGAGCAAUUGAAGACUCGAUACGUGGGCAAGGUUGACCCAAAGAAACACAUUGAGGACGUCGGGCAGCAAUUAAUCGAGGACAACAUUGUCGCCGUGUCUAGACAAAUGAUCAACAAAGAGUCGUCAGUUGCUAGAGUGCCUAACGGACAAGAUACGGAGAAUGAUGCUCAAAUGGAUGUGGAUGAUGAGAAGCUAUAAAUGUUGAUUUAUUCUUACUAAUAUAGAUGUGUUCUCAUUUAUCAACACGACUUGACAGACUAAUAUGCCCUUGAAAGUCUUAAAACUAAGAACUUUCAUCGAUUAUGAAAUACAACUACAUAUGUCGUCC